UAACAACGAAUUGAAAGCGAAAUCCUAACGAUUGUCAACAGCUCAUAUAUCAGAAGAGAAUACACCAUUAGGAAAGACAUUUCUUCAGACUUGUAGGCAAUCAUCUUAAGCAAACAAGAAGAUGAAGCAAAAGAUCCUGUUUAGAGUGACUAUGACUGAUGACAAGACCCGAGCAAAAGCUAUGACAAAAGCAGUUCAGUUUAAAGGUAAGAAGACCUUCUCACAAAACAAACUAACCACACAGAUGUUGGAUCUAACGCUAUGGUUUAUAGGUGUCUCAGCCGUGGAGAUAAAAGGCGAUCACAGGAACCAGAUAGAGGUAACAGGUACUGAAGUUGAUAUGAUCUGCCUCACCAAAAUGCUCAGGAAAAAGGUAGCCUUUGCAGAGCUUGUAAGCGUCAGCAAAGUCGAACCUCCAAAGAAGCCAGAAGAGGAGAAGAAGCCCGCGCCAUGUAAACCAUGUCCUCCGCCGCCAUGUAAACCAUGUCCUCCGCCGCCAUGCAAUCCAUGUCCUCCGCCGCCAUGCAAACCAUGUCCUCCGCCGCCAUGUAAUCCAUGUCCUCCUCCUCCCUGUUAUCCAUCUCCUCAAGGAUACGGCGUGCCUUCCGCCUUUCCGUACCCGUGCAACCCCUACAGUUACAUAGGGGAACCAGUUUACAAUCACGAACCCAGUUGCACAAUCCUGUGA